UAACAACUUCUUCAUCUAAUCUGAUAAGCUAAAGGAGACUUCUAAGCUGAAUCUUUUUCCAGGAUCCAUCAGAGCAGAACAAAAAAAUGGGAGUGUUCCGAGGUCUUAUGGGCGCAAAGAAGAUCUUUCAAGGUCGAUCAAUGGCAGCUUCGACACCAAAAGGGUUUCUUGCAGUGUACGUUGGAGAAAGCCAGAUGAAAAGAUACAUAGUGCCAGUCUCAUAUUUGAACCAGCCUUCAUUUCAAGCUUUGUUGAGUAAAUCUGAACAAGAGUUUGGGUUUGAUCAUCCAAUGGGCGGCUUGACCAUCCCUUGCCCUGUAGAUACAUUUAUCACCGUCACUUCUCAGCUUCAUUAGAUCCAAUUCACAAGGAUCACAUAUAUGUAACAAUUUUUGAGGUCAUUAAUUAGAUGUAGAAGAUAUUUAGAACCCAGCUGUGUAAUUACUUACAUAGAAGAUAACAUUUAUCGUCUGAUAUUUGCCCCA